AUGAAGACGUCACUGGACAAAACCGGCUCGGACGGCAUGAACGUUGGUCCAGACUACUCUUCGGCCUAUUGUGUCGUAACGACUGACACUGAUUUCGUCGGUCAUGGCAUGACAUUUACUAUUGGGCGAGGGAAUGAACUCGUCUGCGCAGCGAUUGAUCUUCUAGGUCCCCUGGUUGUCGGAAAAGAACUCGACUCCUUGACCUCCGACUGGGGCAAGACAUGGAGGUACCUUACUUCCGACUCUCAGCUUCGAUGGAUUGGCCCUGAGAAAGGUGUUAUCCAUCUGGCACUUGGCGCGGUGGUGAACGCGCUAUGGGAUCUAUGGGCCAAGUCCUUGGGUAAACCGCUUUGGAUGGUCAUUGCCGACAUGACUCCCGAAGAAGUGGUAAGGUGCAUCGACUUCCGAUACAUCCAGGACGCCUUGACCCCAGAGGAAGCCGUUGAACUGUUGACGCAAGCUCAGGAGGGGAAAGCUGAGAGACUUCAAGAAGCCUUGAAGAACAGGGCCGUCCCCGCCUACACAACCAGUGCUGGAUGGCUCGGAUACAGCGAGGCGAAAAUGAAGAGGAUCCUUCAACAGAGUCUGGAUGAUGGAUUUAGGCAUUUCAAGUUGAAAGUCGGUACCAACCUCGAAGUUGAUCGGAAGCGCUUAUCGAUCGCUCGAGAAAUUAUCGGAUUUGACAAAGGGAAUACUUUGAUGGUUGAUGCCAAUCAGGUCUGGUCAGUCACAGAGGCUGUUCCGUAUAUGCUAUCCCUGGCCGAAUUCAAGCCUUGGUUCAUCGAAGAACCCACCUCGCCUGACGACGUCCUCGGACAUGCUGUCAUUCGCAAAGCCCUUUCCAAUACACCUCACGGCGCAAUAGGAGUUGCUACAGGCGAGAUGUGCCAGAAUCGAGUCAUCUUUAAACAGCUAUUGCAGGCUGGCGCGGUUGACGUUAUCCAACCUGAUGCGUGCCGCGUCGGCGGAGUCAACGAGGUGCUCGCCAUUCUGCUUUUAGCACGGAAAUUCAAUGUCCCCAUCGUGCCUCAUUCGGGUGGGGUUGGCUUGCCUGAGUACACCCAGCAUCUAAGUACAGUUGACUAUGUGGUGAUCAGCGGAAAGAAGAGCCUACUAGAAUACGUCGACCAUCUUCACGAACACUUCUUGCAUCCCUCAAGGAUAGAAGCCGGGUAUUAUGUAACUCCGCUUGAGGCUGGAUACAGCGUCGAGUUGAAGCCUCAGAGUAUGGAAAGAUUUACCUUUCCGGGUGAAGAAGGAACAAGCUGGUGGCGGACAUUGGACGCGGAACCUGUGAUCAAGGCACCUCGUGUCAUGUAA